GUCACAGUGGUUGGGGUUACAAAACACACGUGUUUUGUUAUCCCUUAGUCUUUUUAAUGAUAAUAUGUUAAAAUAAAGCGUUGAAAUGAGUAAACUAUAUGUUUUAUACGAGCACAGCGCGGGCUUUGCGCUGUUCCGUGUCACAGAGUUCGAAGAGUUGGCAGCAUUCCUACCUCAGGUGGAAGAAUCGGUAACAGACCUGCAAAGGUUUAAUUCAGUGGUCACUUUAAUCGCAUUCCAACCAUUUAAAUCUGCAAUCGUUGCGUUAGAAAAUAUUAACGCUAUUUCUGAAGGUUAGUACUUUUAAAAUUUUGUUCAUUUUAUAUGAAACUAGUAUAUUUCUCUUUAUUUAAAAAUUGUUUUAUAUCUUUAACUUGAUAGCCGAGUUGGUUGGUGACUCUGCCUAAGAAAAUAGAGAUGGCGUGUGAAUUCCUGGGAACAUAAUAUAUUAAUAAUAUUAAUGUUUAUUAUAUUUCGUAUUUGGUUUCUAUAACACUUGCUCGAUGUCGUGUAUCUGAGUAGUGAUGAUCAAUGGAUCAAUGGAGUAUGAAACUUAAAGCUUUGAGAGGAUCGCUAAUCUAGUAAUGAAUUGACAUUAUUUAUUAUAAUUAUUAUUAUAUAAUAUCAAGCAGAUGGUUGAACCACUGAUAAUGCCUGUAUCCUUUUUGUGGCCACUAGUUACUCCUUUUGCAGUUUGGAAAAUGAUUAUCUAAUCUAUUAUUGAAUGGGUUCACAUUUUGUUCCGAGACUAUUCUCUGGUAGGUUGUUCUUAGUACUCAGGUACUACACGGUUACAAAUGAGCAUUUUGAAGGUUGUUGAUUGUUUUGUGAUUAUUUUGUAUCAUCAGGAAUUUUUACUAUUUGUUUAUAUUUGUUUUUAUUUAUAUUAAUGAAUUUUUAUUAUAGUUUUGUACUUCCUGAGUUUUAAUGAAUUACAAUUGUUUUAUAAAUAAAGGUAUAUUCAUUGUAAUAAGCUUAUACAAAUAAGAAUAAAAAUAACACUCACAUACAAUGGCAGCUAGGGUCAUUUGACAUAUUCAACAGAUGAAUGCAUUGUUGUCGUUGUGGGUAGCUUAAUUAUAUUUACAUUAAUUUUAUUUCCUGAUCUUGUUUCAUGUACCUAAAUAUUUUAGUUUAUAUGCUCAUUAUUCUAUGCAUUCUUAUUGAGUCAAUUUUAUUAUUUUGGUUGAUAUUUUGUGGAAAAAAAAUUAUUGCAAUCGUUGCCAGAUCAAUCGGAUACUGAAGGUGUCUCAUUACCAAAUUACCAAAGUUCGAUGCCCUUUUAUUAAAUAUAUGGCUAAUAAUCCUGACAAAUUUGGAAUAAAAUUUGGUUCUGUUGAUGUCAAAUCGAAAUACUUUUUGAAUGCUUACCCAUAUUUUGGAAAAGAUGAAACUCCACCGAAAAAUCUUGGACAACAUGUUGUCAUGCAUCUUAUGAAACCAUUUCUGAAUAAAGGUAGAAAUGUGACUACAGACAACUUUUUCUCAUCUGUAUCUGUUGCACAGAACUUGCUUUCAAAACGUAUAACUUUGGUUGGUACUAUAAAUAACAGGAGAUGUGACAUUCCAUUUUACUUUAAAAACCUAUUUAUUCUGCAAUUUGCGGUUGAACUGUGUACUACAUUUUAGUAGAACCCACUCGUGAAACCUCACUGCAACAUUCUACUGCCUCAGAAAUGCCUGCAGCUGAGUCAAGGUCAAGGUAGAGGUGUAAUAAAUACUUUGUAAAAAUAAAACUAAUAAAGUGGGUGAUUUAUGCAAAAAAGCCACCAUGUGGCAGAUGUAGUCUAUCAAAAAUAUUCAUAUGUCGUAACUAUAAUUUUUAUUAAACACAUAUUUACACUAGAAACCAAAAAUAUUUCAUUUGCCUAUGUAACAAUGAAUAUUGUCAACUAUUUCCAAAUUAUUCCAAAACACUACACAUAUAUGCAUGAGACCCUUGACUGCCUUUGUAGGUUAACUGUUUUUUUCUUCUUGCUAGUGUUAAAAUGGUGGCCCCAGAGGUUAGUGUUUUCAUUACAAAUAAACAAACUCCUCAAUUUUGUAAUGUCCACUCAACAUCUUAACCCUCAAGCACUGACAUGCAAUUUAAUAACACUAACACUGAUAUAUGUCAUUAAUUUUAAAGAUGUCUUGUUCAUCCAUAGAGUGUAAAUAUUGUGAUGUGUGUUUACAAUUUGGUUAAGUAUAUUUAAUAUAACCUAGAGAUGUUAAAAGAAACAGAUAAUUAAAGACAUAUAUUUAUUAAUCAACAACCCUAGAAGUAAUGAAAUUAACAUAAUUUUGUUUUCAAAAAUCAACUAACUAAAAAUAAUUUUUAAGAAUAGAAACUUUUAUUUUUGGUUUUGUUACUUACUAAGGAUGGUUUUAAUUU